UAGAAAGAGCGAGUCUCUCAAUCAACACUUUUACUUAUGAAUUGUUAAUCAAACAUUGCUUGAAAAAGAACAACAUCUAGAUCGUCAUUUUUUAUCAUUGCCGCCGAUUAUAUUUCAUGUGAUUUUUUGGAUAGUAAGUACGAAUUGAAUUUCUUUCUAGAGAAACUGGACACCUUAACUUUGACGUUUGGACAAUGCGGUUAAUCGAAAAAGAAAACCAGAUUUCUACUUGCAACGGGUAAAUAAGAUUGUUAAGGAUUUGUUGGAGAUGAAGACUUUUUUAGACUUUGAAGCGAGGAGUGUGAACUAUGGACUGUUAUUGUUGACGUUUUUCGUUGAUAAUGUCUUAACGUUUUUUAACUACAGUGCAGUCUCGCCCCCAUUCAGUACAUUUUCAAACAUAUCCUACAAUGUCCCCCAAACGCCCAUAACCUCAAUAUCCUCAAACAUUGACGUUGUGGCAGAAUUUUUGAAAAUCGUUGCACAGUAUGAACAGAACAAAGAAACCUGCAAAGCGGGAACAGAGUUCAAUCUCGGCGAAGGUGUGAUUAAACAAUAUGGAAAAAAUCGUUUCAAACAACAAGCACUUGUUGCAGUGAACAGGGCCAACUUUCUUACCCGGAUCUGGAAGGAGGCGGAACCGGAAGUUCUGAAUUCAGAGUAUCUUUUUUAUACACAAGUUCGAAAUUUUGUAGAAGGAGAUGAUGAGAUUUUUGCAGCUGGAAAUUGUUAUGAUUACAUGGAGUUCAAAGACUACUAUUUGUUUUGCCCAUAUGCUUAUCGAAUGGAAGAUGGAAGGAUAAAUGUUAAGGAUCUUUCCGUGGAAUAUGACUACUUAGGAAAUACAUCAGAAUUCUUCUAUUCUGCAAGAAUGAAUGCAGGGAAACUGCAGAAUUUUAAUUUUACAAACGGUACCACGCAAUUACGGUACAAUCAGACUGACUAUUACGCGACCCAGAUUGACAGUUCCAUUACUGUUACCUAUGAAGAUGGUCACUGGAGCAAGCCUUACUUUGAUUGUGGGGGUGGGGAUAUUUGGAUGAUGACGUAUACAGUUCCUUUCUUUGGAUACAAGAAUGGAACUUUUAAGUUCAAAGGAACGAGUGGUAUAGACAUUGACUUGGACAAAGUUGAUAUUGACCAAUGUCCUCAACCAGACGAUGCAAAGGAGCCAAAUGUAUUUGCUGGGUCUGCUAGAUGUAAACAUGAAACAACUAAGUGUGAACCACUAAGAGGUCUCGGUUUCAAAAGAGGAUCGUAUAAGUGUGUUUGCAAAGAUGGAUUUUAUUUUCCUUAUCUGGAUCAUCCAGAAAAAUACUUUAACGGAUCUGAAAUUGAAAAUGAAUAUGAAAAGAAAACAAAGGGAGUGGAGAACAAAUACGAUGAUCCCUACUCCUACCAAUGCUUUAUGUGUGAACCGGGCUGCGUGACCUGUGAAGACCCAAGUCCAUGUGUUCUGAACUUAAACUGGAUCCUCCGAAGUAUUUUACUGGCCGUCUCAAUUCUUAUACUAUGUGGCAUUCCGUUACUUGUUUGGUUCACUUUCCAAUACAGAGAUGUGAAGGUUUUAAAAGCUGCAAGUCCUGUGUUGAUGCGUAUUAUUCUCCUUGGUGCUUUCUUCCUAUAUUGUCCGCUGAUUGUAGGGUACUUUGAGGCUAGUGUCGUCACAUGCAUCCUAAGAUUCUGGUUUCGAGAAAUUGGAUUCUCAAUCUCCUAUGGGGCUCUAUUAUUGAAGACAUGGAGGAUAUCGGUCGUCUUCAGAGUACGAUCAGCCCAACGCGUCAAAAUUUCAGACGGAGAUCUGAUCAAAAGACUGCUUUUAAUCACUCUUGUCUGUGCUGCCUAUCUGACGGCCAGAACAAUUGCAGGAACCCCAAGAGUAACAGAAGGAAAGCAUGUCAAUGGCUUAAAAACAUACCAGUGUUCGUCAGACUGGUGGGACCACUCCGCAGCUAUUGCGGAGUUACUUUUUCUUUUAUGGGGCGUUCGAUUGUGCAUUGUGGUGCGAAAAGCUCCAUCCGAGUUCAACGAGAGCAGAUUCAUCAGUUGGGCGAUUUACAACGAGACUCUCCUCUCGUUAUUUCUUAAUGUUUCAAUGAUAUUUCUUCAGGACCCUUUUCCUGCCAAUCCUGACCUAAUGUAUCUCGUUAUAUUCAUCCACAUACAAUUAACCACGACCGUUACUCUCACGUUUUUGUUCGGAAGCAAGAUGUAUUUAGUGUAUAAGUACCGAGGCAAGGGAGAAAGUAACGGUAAUCACGCGACGAUGCUGAACAAAGGUUCCAAGCCGACCUUUAACGCCAAACACUCGGUCAAUCUGGGGAGCUCCUUCUCCAACAACGCUAACUGCUACAACUACACGGACCGGCAGGACGAGACGGAGUGCGAGAGUCUGCUGGAGAAAGACAUACAGGAGGAAUUCCGACGACUUUACACCCAGUUAGAAACACUCAAACAGCGAAACAUGAAGAUCGGAAACCGCCAUCUGCAGCACAAGUUGUCGGCCAUGACAGAAGCUGCACAGAAAGAGUCUCCGAAGAAUUCGCCUUCCUCCUCCCCUUUGUUAAAUGGCAAAAGAGUCAUUAUUAAUCUAGACUUGUUUAAAGAGUCGUCUCCAUUAUGACCAUAUUAAUCAUCACUCACGUGUUUAUUUUUUCCUACUUCGUUUUUUUUUUACGACAAAGCUGUUCCAUAUGUAUGUAUAUAGCCAAAUAUCCAAUUCAUUAAAUCGUUUUAUGUACAUGGCGAUUUACCUUCCGAGUCGGUUGAGAUAUUUGUUACUUUAAUUACUUCUUUUAAGUGCUGUAAUCGUCAUCAACUCUGCAGUAUUUGUUCAUAUUGAUCUUUUUUAAUGUUUUCAACUUUUUAAACUGUUGACUCGAUAGUUUUUCCCCAUAAACAAGAAUUAUAUGACGUCAGUAUUGGUGCCAGGUGUUCAGGGGUAGGUUUUUUUUUAAAUAUUUAAAUUUAUAUACAUAUGUUGUGCAAUAUAAUUGACUUUUUAUGCUGUAUGUUGUUUCUUGCCAUUAAUCAUUGUUAUCGACUUGCCAUAAUGACCAAAAAAUUCAGGUAAGAAUGAAUGUGUCCUUGAGAUUUUGUAUAUCAUGGUCUUUCCUCGUAUUCCUAAGAAAGUGUAUGAAUGGGUAAAUUAGUAGAUUUCAAUUUUAAGAAUGGAGUGGUAGUGUUUUGUUUUGAAUGAAGUCAACAGCAUGAACAAGUGAAAACCAUUAACAAUGCAUGCUUUUGUAAUUAAUAUUAUUGAGUUGUAUAGAAAUCAAAAAAAUGGAAAUGGUAAUAAAGUUACAUGAAUUGCAUCAAUUCUUCAGAGUCUUGUAUUUAACUUAACACAUGCACUCUUUAAUCAAAAUUAUCGGUAAAGGUUCUUAAGGACUUCGCU